GUGGGAGAGCUGCUGUGACGUCUUUCAGAGUUUUGUGAUUGCUCAGCCCUGAGUACAAGCCCUAUAAAAUGAUGGGCUUUGAAAUGCUGGUCAGGGUAGAGUGAAAGCAGCUGUUGGCAAUAACCCUUAGCCAGUACAAGUUCAGGUUCAACUCUGACUGGUACAGCCUUUCUUGGACUCGGGACUGCAGCACCUGAGACAGCUCCAACAGUCUGUGGAACAGAACACUCCCAGGCAAGCAACAAAAAGAGAAGUUUCUCAGUCACCUGGUGCAGAGAUGGAAUCCAGAAGGGCGCCCCGGCUCCUCCUGCUCAUGCUCCUGUUCAGCGUGCUCUUCUCACAAACAUUGGCGUGGCCUCUUUUCGGAGCACCUUCUGCUCUGAGGUUGGGUGACAGAAUACCCUAUGAAGGAGAAAAUGAACCUGACCAAGCUUCAUUAAAAGCAGACACUGACAUCCUGCAAAAUGUAUUAGCUGAAAAUGACACACCCUAUUAUGAUGCGUCCAGAAAUACCAGACAUGCUGAUGGAGUUUUCACCAGUGACUAUAGUAGACUCUUGGGUCAGCUUUCUGCCAAAAAAUACCUUGAUUCUCUUGUUGGAAAACGAGUUGGCAGUGACAUCUCAGAAGGCCAGGGGCCAAUCAAACGCCACUCGGAUGCAGUCUUCACUGACAACUAUACCCGCCUUCGGAAACAAAUGGCUGUGAAGAAAUACUUGAACUCAAUCCUGAAUGGGAAGAGGAGCGCUGAGGGAGAAUACCCUGACUUUUUUGAAGAGCUAGAAAACUGAUGGAAAAGGUCUUUGAGGAAAGCUGGUGAAAACGUCCCAAAUGAUUCUUGAAGAAAAAUGAUAGAUGAUAUAAUUACAUUUUGAGCUCUACAUAAGUAGUAAUUCAAGAAAACAUCUUCAAUAUUGAGACCAAAUAAAAUACUGUGUUGUGAAUGUUGUGACUUAUUUUAAGCUAAUGUAAUAACUGUGUUGUUUACAUUGCAAAUAUUAUUUAAGAGUUCUUAAAUUUGUCUUUAACUCCUGGAAAUCCUGUAAUUUCAUAUGCUGUGUACCCUUUCUAACAAAAACAUAUUAAAUGAUAAGAAAAUAGUAGGUUAAUUCCAAUUAUAAGAGGCUUUAUGGAAGGGUAGUAAUUGAGCAAAAUUGAUCUAUUUAUUUAUAGAGCCUCCUCAACUAUUCACAUAGUACACCAGAUAAUCAUUGUGUCCAAAUUUGAAUGGUAAGCAGAUAGAACGCUAUGCUAAGUAAACCUCAAAAUGUCUAAGAGGAUACCAACCAAGUUAAAAAGUCAUUCUUCAAAACAGAUGUUUUAAAAAUGUAAUGCAUUUUCAUAUUUUAGGCAACCUUUAUUUUAAACUGGAUUAAAAUCUCAUAAAUUUAGAUCUCUAAUGCCAAAGGCUCUCUUCUGAUCUAUUUAUUCAAUGAAGGGGAAUGGCCUCUACUUCUGACAUUGGACCGCGCCUUUAAUCUCGUGUAAAGUAUGUGUAAAAUGUAAACUUGUUUUCCAGUGCUAAGUACUUUUUCCCCAAAAUCCUUCAAAGAAUGUUUUGGUCAUACCAGCUUCUGUCAGUGAAAGUACAUUUGGAGACACAACUAUUUUUCCAAAAUGAUUGUAAGAAAUUAAACGUAGAAAAUAAAGGUAUCUGAUUAUCAUU